AUUUGCUGCUUUAAUUUCUGAAAAACAAAUUAGUUUUUAGAUGAAUCAUAUUCAUGGAAGAGUAGUAUAUAAUAUGUUUAAUUUGGAAGAAAAAGUGUUGCUCAUUUAAGUUUUCUAAUCAAACAACUAGUCUAUUUCUUAACCAAUUUUUGGCCAAACUAGAGCUAAUACCAACAAUAGGUUGAUAAUAAAGGUGUUUUCACAUUUCUCCAAUCUCUUUUUUAGCUCUUCCAAUCAUUUGGCUGUGUUUAGCAUCGAAAUGAAAAGCAAGCUAAUACUACAAGUUCCAUUCACUCUUUUUUAGACAAGAUGUUUGAAAAUGGAGUUGACGAGGAAGAACGACCACCUUGUUCUGAUUCAUUGUUGCAUAAGGUUCAUCCUGGAAAACCUCCUUUACUCACAUGGCAGCGGAAGUUAAAUUCUUCAGCAAGUACCCCUACAUCUUUUGCUCCUAGCAUUCGAGAAAUUUUGCACAUGCUUCCACUUGGUCUAAGGUUGUGGAGGCAUAUACAUGAAGAAGCUGCAAAAGGAACGCCCUCAAUCAUGGAUCCGUACAACAAGCGUCUUCUCUCAUGUUAUCAUGGCGUUCCAUUAGGUGGUAUUGGUGCAGGAAGUAUUGGAAGAAGUUUGAGAGGUGAAUUUCAACGCUUUCAAUUAUUCCCCAGAAAAUGUGAAGACACACCUAUUCUAGCAAACCAGUUUUCAAUAUUCAUUGCUCGCCCUGAUCAAGAAAAGUUUUCAACCGUGCUGUGCUCCAGAGGUCCCGAAGAGCUCAAAACGGAUGAAUCAUGGAAAUGGAAGCUAGAUGGGGAGAACUGCACAUAUCAUGCUUUAUACCCAAGAGCGUGGACUGUAUAUGAUGGUGUUCCAGAUCCUGAACUUAGCAUUGUUUGUCGUCAGCUUUCACCAUUUAUUCCACAUAAUUACAAGGACAGCAGCUUCCCAGUCACUGUAUUCACAUUUACGCUUUCUAACUCAGGGAAGACUGAUGCUGAUGUGACAUUACUUUUCACAUGGGCUAAUUCAGUGGGUGGUAUAUCAGAGUUCUCUGGUGGACAUGUUAAUAAAAAGAUUUUGAUGGAAGAUAGUGUGCAUAGCAUCCUCCUUCAUCAUAACACUUCAGAUGGACUCCCUCCAGUAACCUUUUCCAUUGCAGCCCAAGAAACUCCUGAUGUCCAUGUCUCAGAAUGUCCAUGCUUUUCGAUUUCUGGAGAGUCUGAGAUUAUGACAGCAAAGGACAUGUGGAGGGAAAUUGAGGAGCACGGUUCAUUUGAUCAUCUUAAGGAUGCUAAGACCUUGGUAACUUCAGUAAAAGGAUCAUCUAUUGGAGCUGCUUUAGCAGCAUCUGUUAAAGUUUCAUCUGGUGCUGUCCGGACAGUAACUUUUUCACUUGCGUGGGACUGUCCAGAAAUAAGAUUUCCCGGAGGCAAGACUUACCACAGACGAUAUACAAAAUUCUAUGGUGUUCAAGGUGACGGUGCAGCAAGUAUUGCCCAUGAUGCCCUCCUAGAACAUAACAAUUGGGAGCAUGAGAUUGACAAGUGGCAGAAACCAAUACUUGAAGACACAAGUCUGCCAGAAUGGUACCGCAUCACUCUUUUCAAUGAGCUCUAUUAUCUUAAUGCUGGUGGCACAAUUUGGACAGAUGGGUCCUUACCAAUUCAAAACUUUGGAACCAUCAGGGAGAGAGCGUUUUCCCUUGAAAAGACAAAAUCAGAUUCUGAGGAAACGUUAAAGUUGGACGAAAAAAAUGAGACUUAUAUGGGAUUACUUUCUAGGAUGAAAUCUACUGUUAACCAACUUCAGACUCCGGUGACUUCAAACUGUGCUUUUGGUACUUAUCUACUUCAAGACGGAGAGGAGAACAUUGGCCAGUUUCUUUAUCUUGAAGGAAUUGAAUAUCACAUGUUUAAUACGUAUGAUGUCCAUUUUUAUGCAUCAUAUGCGCUAUUAAUGCUCUUCCCAAAACUUGAGCUGAGCAUCCAAAGAGACUGUGCAAUGGCGGUAAUGAUGCAUGAUCCAUCUAAAAUGAAAAUUAUGAGUGAUGGAACAUGGGUCUCCAGAAAGGUUCUUGGAGCUGUCCCUCAUGAUAUUGGACUUAACGAUCCAUGGUUUGAAGUUAAUGCAUACAAUUUCUUCAACACAGAUAGAUGGAAGGACUUAAAUUCGAAAUUUGUCCUUCAAGUUUAUAGGGAUUUUGUUGCUACCGGUGAUAAAUUUUUUGGAAAAGCUGUUUGGCCAUCGGUAUACAUAGCUAUAGCAUAUAUGGAUCAGUUUGAUAAGGAUGGAGAUGGCAUGAUAGAAAAUGAAGGGUUCCCUGAUCAAACGUACGAUGCAUGGACUGUUAGUGGUGUGAGCACAUAUAGUGGAGGGCUCUGGGUAGCAGCUGUACAAGCUGCCUCGGCAAUGGCUCAUGAGGUCGGUGAUGCUGCAGCUGCUGAUUACCUUUGGGCUAAGUUUCAGAAGGCAAAGUCUGUAUAUGAGAAGUUAUGGAAUGGUUCUUACUUUAAUUAUGAUAAUAGUGGUCGAAGAUCAAGUUCUUCAAUUCAUGCUGAUCAGUUGGCUGGUCAAUGGUAUGCUAGAGCGAGUGGUCUUUCACCUAUUGCUGAUGAAGAGAAGAUAAGAACAGCUCUGAAGAAAAUCUAUGAUUUCAAUGUGUUAAAGCACAAGGGAGGGAUGUGUGGGGCUGUAAAUGGGAUGCUACCAAGUGGAAAACCUGAUAUGUCAGCUCUGCAGUCGAGAGAAAUAUGGACAGGAGUUACGUAUUCUCUUGCUGCUAAUAUGAUACAAGAGGGCUUGGUGGACAUAGCAUUUCAAACUGCAAGUGGAAUACACUCGACAGCUUGGUCAGAUAAAGGUCUUGGGUUUGGUUUCCAAACGCCGGAAGGGUGGAACACAUAUGCUCACUAUAGAUCACUGUGUUAUAUGAGGCCGUUGGCGAUUUGGGCAAUGCAAUGGGCUCUAUCAAAACCAAAGCUUCACAACCAGGAGAUGAAGCAGAUGAGUAGUAGUCUAAGUGAGAAUUCUUCCUAUGUAAAACAGGAUGCAGGAUUUCAAGAGGUUGCUCGCCUUCUCAAGUUACCAAAACAACAAGCUUCUACAAGUUACAUUCAGUCGUUGCAUCAGUUUCUUUGUAACAAAUUCUCAAUUUGACUCAAAACAUCAUUUCCUUUCCCAAUUAUUUGUGAAAAGACUCAAAUAUGUCAUCCAACUUUGAGAAAAGACUCGUUAUGUCAUCCGUUAAAAGUUUGGCCUGUCUAUAUCAUUACAGGUUCAUCCAUGCUAUUAUAUUUA